AUGGUUGCUUGUUUUUUUAUAUAUGUUUUAUGGAAUUCUUUGGUGGAACGAGAUUUGGUUAUUGGUAGAUUUCGUAAAACAGGUUCUAUAGUUAAUGUAAUGUUUUGGCCUAUGACAUUUCAUACUGUAUUUCAUAGAAAAUCAGUUGAAACAUCAUUUGUUGUUAAUAUGGAGCAUCAAUAA